GUCAAAUGGACGGAGUUACUCAGUUCAUAUAUAAAUUAUGAAAUGAAAUUUUUUGUAUUACUAAUUUACAUUUGUUUGGGUUUCAAAUGCGGGAACUCGAUUAACCUUAAAAAUUUAUUUACUUCCACAAAGCCGUACUCCUCAGCUGAUCAUGAAAUUGCAUUUCCGAUUUGCGCAAAUUGCACAAGUGAAAAUACCAUCCGUACCAGCACUGAUUUCUAUUGCCACUACGAAGAUGACUUGUCGGUUGAGGAAGGAGUUGGGGAGUUGCGAAAUAGGUAUGCGGAUUGCCUGCCGGACCAGUUUGCUAUAACUCGGAAAAUACAAAGAUUUUGCUGCUUCCGGUCACCGGAAAUGGGAUGCUCUGUGGUAAUCGGAAGGAAAUUCUACGAUAGCAAAAUAUAUAGCUGCAAGACAUGCAAGCAAUUUUGCAGUGGAGUAAAGAAAACCUAUAUCGAUGAUCCUGCUGAUGGCAGUAAUUUGGCCUCGGCCCAUGGAUCCUUAGUUUUGCUGGCUGUUCUGGUACUCUGCAUAUGUCAGGAUAAACUCAAUGCACUGUAGUAUUGGGAUAGCCAUUUGUACAAACUUUUUAUUUUUGGACCUAUAAAAUUAACCAUAACUGGAAAUAAAAGUGUGCCCAUAGUUAUGGUCGACUACAU